AAAGAAAUAUAUUAUUACAUUAAAAAGCUUUCUAAAGAUAAGCUUUAGAAAUAUAAUAAUAUUAAAGCUUUCGUGAAGCUUUUUUACGUUCCUCUUAUAACAGUUUAUUUAAAUGAUUUUUGCGGUAAAACUUGUCAACCAACGGCAGUGCCGUAGGUGUGGGGGCAGUCAAGAGCAUCAGUCCCUAUUGGUAAGUUAUCCCUCUUUCGAAAAUAGCUAUCUACGCCAUUGAAUACCAUAGACUAGCAGUAAUUAAAGUUCAAGAUUGUUAUCUGUUCUAAAUUUGUGUAAUACAUUUGGUUUACUUAGUAUUUGACUGUUAACAAAGAAACGUGUGCUAAUAAUAUAAAAUUAUGGAAUCAUCAGCGAUGUCUAUUGACAAUUCGGAAAUUGACAGUAUUAUAAUGAUGUCUGCAUCAAGUUUCAAUUCAAAGCAGAGAACAAAUAUUAUUGGUGUACCUAGUGAAUUUUCCGAGCUAAAUUUGCCAACUUUUCGGGAUGUACUUAAAUAUUAUUUUUACGUGAGUGAUCGCAAUAAACAGCAAACAAAAAGACAACUCUCUUAUGCAAGCCUUUCUCCGAUGAUUGCAGACAAAAUAAUUGAAAUUUGGAGAAAGACGAAUAUUAAAUUAAUAAAUAUAAAAAGCAUCAUUAGAAAGCUUAAUAAAUUUAUAAAAAAAUAUAAGCGUGAAGUCAAAAGCAUUACUAGAACUAAUUCAAUUACUGAAUUUGAGAAAAGCUUAAAUGAUUUGUUUUAUGUCGCUAAAUGCAGUUGUAAGAAAACAAUGCCAUGCUCCUGUGGAUUAAUUCCUGACCACUUGAAAAUGUUCAUGAUUGACCAACACACCAGCAGAAGGAAUACCAUUCCCGAAGUCGUGCUAAAUAUAGUCGAUCAACAGUCAAGCCAAUUGCCAGAAAGCUCUGAUCCUUCUUAUAGACCCGAAUCUGCGCAUAUGAACAUCGAAAGUGAAUUUGAGUUUGCAAUGCCAGCAGCAAAAGAUCUGAGUUUCAACAAACGGGAGCCUUACGCUAAGAGAUACGAUGCAUUUAAUUUCGCAAUGAUGUGUGAUAGAUUCGGCAUUUCCGACAGAGUUGCCUCCUGUUUGGCUACAGCCUUAUUUAAAGACAUUGGAUUUACUGAUGAAAAUGGGCAGACAAUUAUUAUGGAUAAAUCCAAAGUUGCACGAGAAAAAAAGAAAUGCAAAGAGACCGUUCGACGUAUGCAGCAAAAUGAUUCAGCUUUACUAGCUUUUUCUUUUGAUGGCAGGAAAAAUGACGCUCUGACACGGAAUGAAGUUAAUGGAAAAUACCAUCCGAGAGUACAAAAGGAGUCUCACAUUGUGAUUCUUAAGGAACCGCAAGGCAAGCUGUUGGGGCACAUAAAAGUUAAUGCUGAGGAUUCCAAUACUAAGCAAAUCCAAUUAUGGGAGUUCUUUAUGGAAAAAAAAUUAACGCUUAGUAACUUGAUUGGAGUUUGCUGUGAUGGAGAACCCACCAAUACUGGAAUUGAAAAUGGAAUAAUUCGAAAAUUUGAACUUUUAUUGAAUAAACCAUUACAUUGGUUUGUUUGUUUGCUGCAUUUUAACGAACUUCCAUUUCGCCAUUUGUUCAAUGCUUUGGAAAAUGCAACUACAAGUGGACCACGUACAGCUAGUGGGACUUUGAUGAAGUUACUUGAGACCUGUGAACAACUUCCGGCCAUACCUGACUUUGAACCCAUUUCAUUGGGGAAUAUGCCUCCUGCAAUGGAUAAUGGAGAUGAAAAAAGUCUUUCGACAGAUGUUUUAUAUCUCUAUCGAAUAGCCAAAGCUGUAUCGGAAGGUUUGUGUCCAGAACAUCUUGCCAGCAUGAAACCCGGAAAAAUGGUUCAUUCUCGUUGGUUAACAAAAGCCAGCAGAGUUUUACGUCUUUAUGUCGCAAGUAGUUUACCUUCGACAAAUUUAAAAAUGUUGGCUAAUUUCAUUAUGAAAGUUUAUAUACCGAUGUAUUUUAAUGUCAAAUAUUUUAAUUCGGUGGUAUAUGGCAGUAAACUUUUAUUUAAUUUUAUUCAAUCAACGCAAUUUUUACCACAAAAUCUAAGAGAAAUUGUAAACAAAGCAAUCCAAAACAAUGCAUUCUUCGCCCAUACAGAAAAUAUUUUGUUAACAAUGCUUUUCGAUGAAAGAAAAACAGUUCGCGAAAGAGCAAUUAAUAAAAUUAUGUAUUAUCGCGAGAAAUUAUAUGACCCAACUAAACUUAGAUCUUAUAAAAAGAAUCGCAUUAAUUUCGAUUGCACCGAUUAUAUGCAUUUAGUUGACUUGGAUAAUGACGACAUCUUAUUUGAACCUCCAUUUACUGCAAACAUCCCACACGAUCACUUGCUGGAAUACAUAAAUUCUGCUGAAAUACCAAUGCCAGAUCCAGCAAUUUCAUCGCACAUUCAGGGCACCGAACGAUGUGUGCAGUUGUUAACACAUGUCUCACGACGAGUUAUGCCACAGAAUCGAGAUGCUGUUAUGUCAUUGACUUUAGAAAGUCGUUCCAAAGUUCCUCAAAUCGAGUCAAAGAAAGACUUGAGAUUCUAAUAA